CGCCCCAUUCUACAUUAUUAAACAAAUUGCAACUUUCUUAUGCGUGUAAUACGUUCAUAACCUCUGUGAUCAAAGAAUCCUUAAUUCUUUGCGAACUUGUUUGAAAAAUGUUAAAACUAAUGAACGCGCUCACGCGUACUUGUGCAAAUCAUAAUGCCACUACUGCCUUACGGACUAAUUCACUACGAUUCAUGUCUAAAAGUGAACUGAAGAGGCGCAUGAAGGCCGAACAGAAAGCCAAAGAGAAAGCAGACAAGGCCGCUUCUCAACCGGCAGUUGCUGAAACACCCGGCGUGGUUAAAGUCAAGAAGGAGAAUGAAGAAGAAAUCAGCCCAAAUGAGUAUUUUGCACUUAGGUCAGCUGCAGUCUCAAAUCUCAAGAGUCUUGGUGGUGACCAACAUCCAUACCCACAUAAAUUUCAUGUAUCAACAUCUUUGGAAAAAUUCAUUGCUGAUUACAGCAAUUUGAAUGAUGGUGAAGUACGCGAAAAUGAACCACUUAGUGUGGCUGGACGUGUUCACGCAAUUCGAGAAUCCGGCGCAAAAUUAAUUUUCUACGACGUUCGCGGCGAAGGUCUUAAAAUUCAAGUAAUGGCCACAGCGCGCGGUUAUUACAAUGAGGAGAAAUUCGCUGAAGAUACAGGUAAAAUCCGCCGUGGUGAUAUUAUUGGCGUUGAAGGUUUGCCAACCAAAACCAAGAAAGGCGAGUUGUCCGUGAUGCCCAAAAAGAUUAAACUCCUGAGUCCUUGUUUGCAUAUGCUGCCGCAUUUGCACUUUGGUUUAAAGGACAAAGAAACACGAUUUAGGCAGAGAUAUCUUGAUCUUAUUUUGAACAAUCGCGUUAGGGACAUCUUCCAAGUACGAGCGAAAAUCAUCGCUUAUGUACGUCGCUUUUUAGACGGAUUGGGAUUCUUGGAGGUCGAGACACCAAUGAUGAACAUGAUCGCCGGUGGUGCAACUGCCAAACCUUUCGUGACGCACCACAACGACCUCAACAUGGAUUUAUACAUGCGUAUCGCACCAGAGUUGUAUCAUAAAAUGUUGGUUGUUGGUGGUUUCGAUCGAGUCUACGAGAUCGGAAGACAGUUUCGUAAUGAAGGUAUUGAUUUAACGCACAAUCCUGAGUUUACCACCUGCGAGUUUUACAUGGCGUACGCCGAUUACAACGACCUUAUCACUAUUACCGAAACGAUGGUAGCGGGCAUGGUUUAUUCUAUCCAUAAUAGUUACAAGGUCAAGUAUCAUCCGGAUGGACCGGACGGUCAAGAAUACGAAAUUGAUUUCACUCCGCCCUUCAAACGUAUCCCGAUGAUUCCUGCUUUGGAAGCCGCGCUUAAAGUUAAGUUCCCACCGGCGGAAGAUAUCAGCUCAGACGCGACAAAUAAAUUACUGAGUGAUCUUUGUACCAAGCACCAGGUGGAAUGCCCUGCGCCUCGAACAACUGCACGAUUGCUGGAUAAACUUGUCGGGGAGUUUAUUGAAGACACAUGCAUCAAUCCCGCAUUUAUAACUGAGCAUCCGCAAAUUAUGAGUCCGCUAGCCAAGUGGCAUCGGUCCAUUCCCGGCCUGACGGAGCGAUUUGAAUUGUUUGUUAUGAAGAAAGAGAUUUGCAAUGCGUACACCGAGUUGAAUGAUCCAGUGGUGCAAAGGCAGCGUUUUGAACAACAGGCGAAAGAUAAGGCUGCGGGUGAUGACGAGGCGCAACUUGUAGAUGAGACGUUCUGCAAUGCGUUGGAGUAUGGUUUGCCACCAACGGCAGGAUGGGGUAUGGGUAUUGAUAGGCUCACCAUGUUCCUGACGGACAACAAUAACAUCAAGGAGGUGCUGCUUUUCCCUGCGAUGAAACCAGACGAUCCCAAUAAGCCCAAGGAAGACGCAGAGGCUGGUACUGCUGCUAUUAAAACUGAACCUUGAAAAUGACACCAGAAGGAAGGUAAAUGAUGUGGAAAAAUAAAGGAAAAUCAUGGUUAAUUGCAA